CUCCUCCUCCAAUAAUAAUCAAAUAUCUCACGAUACAGUGAAACCCCUUAAAUGAAGGCUUUUGUGGUGCGUGAUAGUAGAUUGAUGUUAGAAGACAGUGGAUCGUUGCUUCAGAUGCGUCGGAAGAAGAAGAACAAGAGACUCUUGCUUAUAGAAUUUGUUCGAGGAACAAAUGUUUCGAGAGACCAUUGUUUCCAUUAGUUUCAGUGUAGUAGUACUGAGCAGUAACUAGAUUAGGGGAAGAGGCUAAUUGAUUUGUUUAUUUUCGACCCAAUAAGAAGCUAAUUCGGCCAGUUUCUUGGGGAAUCCGGUAUAAUUUUUGUUUCAACUCGAUAAUAUCUGCAUCGUGUAUUGGCGAUAUUGUGCUAUGGAGUUGUUAAGGAAAAAGAGGAAAGGAAGUGAAACGCAGUUUGCAUCCUCAGAUCUACCAGAAAUCUUACCACUCAGUCGUAAACCACCGGCUUCUUUGUCGAUCAUUGGCUCGCAUUUUUCGCUGGAAGAUUGCUCUCGGCGAAAGAAGAAGUUCAAGGAACACGUAGCCGCGGAAGCUGUUGGUUCUUGUAAAAGUAGACUAACUGGCAUUGUCACUGCCCCUGCUUGCGGUAGCUCUUCUUCAGAUCCACAUGGAAGAGGUCACAAAAGGAAGAUCGGUUGCAUUGAUGCUGCUACUAAGUUACGAAGGAAGAAGAAGAUUGAGCAGGAGUAUAUUUUAGGUGCUGCAAUUGGACGAGGUAAGUUUGGGUCUGUUCGGUUGUGCCGGAGUAAGGCAAGCGGAGCGGAAUUCGCCUGCAAAACUUUGCCUAAAGGGGAGGAGACUGUACAUCGGGAGGUGGAGAUCAUGCAACACCUCUCUGGUCAUCCUGGUGUUGUGGCCUUGAAGGCAGUGUAUGAAGAUUCUGACUGUUUCCAUCUUGUGAUGGAAUUGUGCUCUGGUGGACGAUUGCUAGACCAAAUGGUUAGGGAGGGUCGAUACUCAGAGCACCAUGCUGCUAACAUACUCAAGGAACUGAUUUUAGUCAUCAAAUAUUGUCACGAAAUGGGCGUUGUUCAUCGUGACAUCAAGCCUGAGAAUAUCCUGCUUACGACUGCAGGGAAGAUGAAACUUGCAGACUUUGGGUUAGCCAUGAGGUUUUGCAAUGGUCAGAGAUUGUCUGGUGUAGCUGGUAGUCCAGCCUAUGUUGCCCCGGAAGUUUUGCUGGGGGAUUAUUCAGAGAAAGUGGAUAUCUGGGGUGCUGGUGUUCUGCUACAUGCUCUCUUGGUGAGCACCCUCCCAUUCCAUGGAGACUCUCAGGAAGCCAUUUUCGAGGCAAUCAAGAAUGUGACACUUGACUUCCAUGGUGGGGUAUGGGAAGCAAUAUCUGAACCUGCUAGGGAUCUAAUCGGAAGAAUGCUGACAAGGGAUGUAUCCGCAAGGAUAACUGCGGAUGAAGUACUAAGACAUCCAUGGAUUUUGUUUCACACAGACCGUACGUUGAAGGCACUAACGAUCAAGUCAAAAGUUAGACAUCAUGUAGGAGCUAUGUCUCUCCAACUCAAUGUUGUUCGUAGAAAUGAGUCGGAGAGGUUAAGGAUUGUCAGGGACACUUUCGAUGUUGACUCAAGUCUGGUUUUAUCCUUGGAUGGUAUGGAUCGGAAGUCAGAAGAGCAGGAUGACUGCAGUUUCAUUGAUGCACUUGCGGCAGCAAUUUCACGUGUGAGGAUAUCUGAACCAAAGCGAAGCAGAUUAUGUGGCCCUGCCCUUCCGAUUCAGCAAGAAUGUUCCUCUAACAUGAAGGCCAACAACCUGUGUACAGCAUUUUGAUUCUGCUAUAUAACAGCUAACUCCACUACUAUUUCUGACGGGAACUGGAAGAUGACCUAGCUUGAUCCAGCCACUUACACCAUAAAUUCAUCAUCAUCUGACUCUGACUGGAAUCGAGGGUGAAUAGUUCUUACGUAGUCUGUUUGCUUGGUAGUAAUAAUCUAUGAGAAGCAUGAAUUGUGUCUGAUUUUCCCCCGCCUUUUAUUGCUUCGGCCUAAUAUUAGGAGCUGAGCAAACUGAUGAUGUAAAUAUUGAACUUGUAAAUAGAAAGGCAGCCUCUGGUUUUGUGCACCUGCCA